GUUUAACAUAGUCUAAGAAUACCUAAAUUAUUCAAUUAUCUAAAAUCAAUUAGCUUGGUUUAUAUAUUUUUUUAGAAAAUAAGCAAAUUUUUAUGUUAAAACUUUUGGAAUUUUUGGUAGACACAGAAAAGGAUGGAGACGAAGAUACAAAUGUUAUAAAAUUGACUAAAGAUGAGGUAUUUAUGUAUAUCAAUGCUUUUCGAUCGAAUGACAGUAAUGGAGAUGGUAUAAUAACUCUAGAAGAAGUCGAUGGAUUAAUUAACGAGUUAUUCAAGAACACAGAUACUGUACAUGAAAUAAAAAGACUAAUAUCACAUUUAGAAUUAAGUCAUAUCACUAUAGUAGAUGUAUUGAUUUCUGCAAUAAAAUAUAAGGCGCAUAAUCAAAAUCCACAAGAUGUUGAUGACUUUUGUUCAAUUUCAACCGAUUCAGAUUGUUAUGAACAUUUUGAUCCCUAAUUUUAGAAGAAACUUUAAACAUUUAUGAUGACAUUUAGAUUUUCUGUUUAUUGUAUUUUUUUAAGUUAAUAAAAAUAAAUUUUAUAACCAUGGUUAUAAUAAUUGUAGAAAUUGUCUUAAC